AACUCGAAAACAGUUGUUCAACUUCAGAACUUUCUGCCAAAAUCUCCGUCACAUUUCCUCCCAAACAAAUCAAAAAUUCCAACAAGACCAUAACCUUCACAGGUCAACACUUCAACCCCUUUAAAACCAUCUAUCAAAACCUCAAAACAAUCACCUCAAAAUUCAAAAUUCGGAUCAAACCAUGCCUCAUCUCCCCGAAUCACUCCUCGAAAUCAUCAUCAACAACCUCACCUCCAAUCUUGAUCGCAAUUCAGCUUCAUUAGUCAACAAACAAUGGUACAGAAUCGACCGAAACACUCGUAGAACCGUCUACGUGUCCAAUUGUCACGCAGUGGUUCCAACACGAGUGAUCGAACGGUUCCCGAACCUCCGAUCGCUCGUCUUGAACGGCCGAUCGGGGGUUGUGUAUCCCAGGUUUGUUGAUAAUGAUUGGGAUGGGACCGUUGAUCCGUGGGUUAAGGUUAUGUCCGAAAGGUGUCCCAUGUUGGAGCAUCUUAAGUUAAAGCGGAUGGUUGUGUCGGAUCAGAUGUUACAGAUGGUUUCGACCUGUUUUCGCGGGUUUAAGUCGUUGGUUUUGUGUUCCUGUUCCGGGUUUACUAUUGUUGGUCUUUCGGCUAUCGCAUCUAAUUGCGGGAAUCUUGAGCGAUUGGAAGUGGAAAGAUGUGCCGUUGUCGAUCACACCGGACAGUGGCUUCGCCGCUUCCCAGAGACUUUAUCUUCACUCGUAUCGUUAAACAUCUCAUGCAUUCGAGGAUUAAUAAAUCCGACAGAUCUUUCACAACUAGUGGCUAGGUGUCCGAAUCUAUCGACUCUUUCGUUACGCAAAACAGUGUCUAUCGACACCAUUCGAAGAAUCUUGAUGAAAUCACCUCAACUGGUACACUUGGGUGUCGGAUGUACGCUUCAAAACACACAGACAUCUUUUCUGCAGCUGUCACUGUCGUUACACAACCGUGAACCGAUCCAAAGCCUCACGUUUUUCCAUCGGAUUCCCACCAUGUUAAUACAUGCUCUUUAUCCCGUCUGCUCGAAUCUUGUUUUUCUGAAUGUGAGGUUUGCUGCAAGUCUUACGAUCGUUGAGCUGGUCAAUUUCAUAAAGAAAUGCACAACGCUUAGACGUUUAUGGGGUAUUGUUGGUGUCCCUAGUGAGUUUACCGGUAACAGGUUCGAGGAGAUUGCAUUGGAGAUGAAGGUCUUGAAGCUGUGUCCAACAACUGUAAAAACCUUGAAGACUUGAGGGUAUUUCAGGGAGGAGGAGGAGGUAUUGUCGUAACAGAAGUGGGUUUAACUGCGAUAUCCAUCGGCUGUCAAAAGCUUAAAAAGUUAACCUACUGUUGUAGUCAAAUGACGAAUUCGGCCCUGGUAACUUUUUCGAAGAAUUGCCCAGACAUCACUCGGUUUAAACUAAUCAUCUCGACGCCAAAACAUCCCGACCACACGACUCUUCAACCGUUUGAUCACGGGUAUGGUGCCAUUGUGGAAUCAUGCAAGGACCUCAAGAAGUUGACUGCCUCGGGACUUUUGACGAACGAUGUUUUUCUUUAUAUUGGUAUGUAUGCAGAAAGAUUGGAGGUGCUUUCUGUACCGAGCGGAUGUGAAAGUGAUGCGGGAAUAGAGUAUGUGUUCAACGGGUGCAAGAACUUGAAGAAGGUUGAGAUCAACACCUUUUCGUUUCUUGAUGACGCGCUUUCAGCUCAUAUUUAUGAUUAUUAAACUAUCAUCUCGCGUUGGAUGAGUUUGGUUUAGGCUUUUCUUUGAGGGAUUUAGGAUUUUUUUUUUAUCGAAGUAUAGAAUAAACCGUAACAAAUUUUAUUUAUUAUAAAAAGUUGUACCAACAUGUGUGUGUUACAUUUCGUAGCCGAGCUUUAGUUAUGUUUA